AUGUACCAAAAUAUUUUUGGGGUGAGGGAGUUCUUAUGGGUGCCCACUUUAUAAAUUGAUUACCAACUAAAUUAUUGAAUCUUAAAAGUCUAGUUGAGAUGUUAUCUUUCUUCUAUCCUCAUAUCCCAUUAAAAAUGAACCUUAUACUAAGAAUAUUAGGGUGUACAACAUUUGUUCAUCUCCAUGAACAACAUAGAGAAGAAUUAGAUCCUAGAGCUCGAAAAUAUAUUUUUGUAGGAUUCUCAAACACAAAAAAGAUAAUGCUGUUAUUAUCCUCCAAUUUUUUUUUGUCUCAAGGGAUAUUACCUUCAAUGAGAAGGAAACAUGUUAUGUAUAGCACAUGAAAUCACCAUGAGAAGAUUCAAACUUUACAUGAUCUAUAAUUAAAUUUUUUACUUCCUACUGUGAAUUUAUUAUCAUACCCCACCAUUGUUCCUAUUGAACCACCUAUUCUUGAAUCUAUUCCUAACAAAGAACUCGAAAGAGGAAGAUUUGGCCUAGUAUAUUCUAGAAAAAAGGGGAAUGCUCUAGAAUCUACACAUUUUCAAGAGUCCUCCUAGGAUGAGUCAAAUGAGAUAUUUCACAUCAGCACCUUACCUAUUGAUGAGGACUUACCUAUCACCCUUUGAAAGGGGGUAAGAGAAUGUACUAAAAAAUUGUUAUAUCCUUUGGCUCUUUUUUUAUCAUAUGACAGAUUAUCACCUUCACACAAAACUUUUGUAUCUAACCUAAAUUGUACCUUAAUCAUAAAAAAUACUUUUGAGGCCUUAACCCAUGAGAAGUGGAGACAAGUUAUGACUGAGGAGAUUGAGCAUUUAAAAAAAAUGAUACUUGGGAACUUAUGUGUUUAUCAAUAGUAAAGAAAGUUGUUGGCUGCAAAUGGGUAUAUACAAUUAAAUAUCAUGUGAAUGGAUCCAUAAAUACAAAACCUUGUUGGUUGUUAAAAGAUAUACACAAACUUAUGGAGUUGAUUACCUUGAAACUUUUACACAAGUAAUAAAAAUGAAUACUGUCAGGAUACUUUUGUCAUUACCAAUACUUUUGAUUAUGAUCUUCAGCAAUUUGAUGUUAAAAAUACAUUUUUAUGUGGAGACUUAGAAGAGGAAAUCUAUAUGCUAAUAUUGUGUGUAGAUUGAAAAAAGUAUUAUGUGGACUGAAACAGUCUCCUCAGGCUUGGUUUGGUAGAUUUAUGAAGGUUAUGCUCAAGAUGAGAUAUAAACAAAGUUAAGAGGACCACAUUUUUUUAUCAAACAUUCAUUUUCAGGGAGAGUCACGAUCUUAAUAGUAUAUGUUGAUGGUAUAUUAGUGAUUGGAAAUGAUGACACAGAAAAGAAACUUCUCAGUCAAUGUUUAUCCAAAGAGUUUGAAAUAAAAACCCUAGAAAGAUUAAAAUACUUCCUAGGUAUUGAAAUUGCUUACUCCAAGAAUGUUAUCUUUGUCUCAACAAAAAUAUGUAAUAGAUUUGCUACAAGAUAUUGGAAAAACAACCUGCAAACCAGUUAACUCUCUAGUUAAUCUUAAUCUCAAGCUAAGUGCAACUACCGAGGAAGACAUUGUUGUGGAUAAAAGGAUGUAUCAACAAUUGGUAGGUAAAAUGAUCUACCUAUAUCAUACAUAACCAGACAUAAUGUAUGAAGUUAGUGUCAUUAACCAAUUCAUGCACAGUCUGAAACAAAUGCAUUUGUAGGCAACCUGUCAUGUUCUACACUAUUUAGAAGGAACUCGAAAAAACAAGAAUUUAUUCAAAAAACAUGAUCAUUUAACACUUGAAGUAUAUAAAGAUGCAGAUUAUGCUGGAUUUAUUGUAGAUCGAUGGUCAACAGCUGGAUAUUGUACAUUCCUUGAAGGUAAUCUUAUUAUUUGGAAGAGCAAGAAAAAAAAUGUUAUAGCUCAAUCAAGUGUAGAAGCUGAGUUUCGUGUUAUGACACAAGAUAUUUGUGAGAUUUUAUGGGUCAAUAUCAUCUUGAAGGAUUUGAAGAUCAAGAUACAAUGUCCAAUGAAGAUUUAUUGUGAUAAUAAAUCGAUGAUUAGUAUUACUUAG